UGAGGUUUAUAACUGGGACUGCAACCUUCUCCUCGAUAGCAUGUCGGGCUGGACUUUACAGCAGAGGCUCGAGGGAGAAACGUCUAGUUCAAUUCUAGCAAGGUACGGUUGAAUGCUUCAAAUGUUAAAAAUGGGUGACAGAAACGAUAGAGUCCCCAUGAUGACACGCAGAACAAGGAGAACCACAAUCUGCGCUACGCCAGCGGGUGCCAAUUCUAAACAAGCCAACGGCAGCGCAGGGGAAAAAACUUCAAGCCAACCGAGCCACAGCAACCGGAAAGUGAAGGAGGAAAAACGGGUGCACGAGCCGGUCACUACACCACGCAAGGAGAGGAGCAAAACCAGCGAAAGAUUUAGCUGCCAUGUCCUCCAGGAGUCCCUGCUCAGCUCAGCCAGUGGCUACAGUAACUAUAGAGGCAUCCUCAACUGGUGUGUGGUCAUGCUGGUCUUGUGCAAUGCACGCCUUUUCCUGGAGAAUCUAAUAAAAUAUGGGAUACUGGUGGACCCCAUCCAAGUGGUUUCACUGUUUUUAAAAGACCCAUAUAACUGGCCUGCAUCUUGCCUUAUCAUUGUUUCGAACGUGUUCAUAAUGGCAGCUUUGUACACAGAGCGGAGGCUAUCAGUGGGCACCAUCUCAGAGACUACUGGAACAUUCCUUUACUUGGUCAAUCUGACCACCCUCCUCUUUUUCCCAUCAGCCACUGUGCUCACGCUGACCUCCAUUACCCCAGUGGGUGGAGCCUUUGCCCUGUGUGUCUAUACCAUCCUCUUCAUGAAGUUGUACUCGUAUAAGGAUGUAAAUAUGUGGUGCAGAGAGAUUAGGCAUACCAAAGCCCGCACCCUGACCCGCUCCCAUUCAUGUCCAUCAUUCGCCCAGUCAAAUGGGUCAGCUGUACACACUCAUGUGUCCUACCCUGGGAAUCUCACACACAGAGAUAUAUAUUACUUUGUGUUUGCCCCAACUCUCUGCUAUGAGCUGAACUUCCCCCGGUCACCACGGAUACGCAAGAGCUUCCUGCUCAGGAGACUCUUUGAGAUGCUGUUCUUCAUACAGUUACAGAUUGGAUUGGUACAACAGUGGAUGGUGCCGACUAUUCAGAACUCCAUGAAACCAUUCCAGGAUAUGGACUUUUCCAGAAUGAUCGAGCGCAUGCUGAAACUGGCUGUUCCCAAUCAUUUAAUCUGGCUCAUCUUUUUCUAUUGGUUUUUCCACUCUUCCAUGAACUUCGUAGCUGAGCUGAUGCGGUUUGGCGACAGGGAGUUUUACCAGGACUGGUGGAACUCUGAGACGGUCACUUAUUUCUGGUCUAACUGGAACAUUCCUGUGCACAAGUGGUGCCUCCGCCACUUUUACAAGCCUCUCAUGGGGAGAGGUGUGAAUAAGUGGGUUGCUCAGACAGCCAUCUUCCUGGUCUCCGCCUUCUUUCACGAGUACUUGGUGAGCGUUCCUCUGAAAAUGUUCCGACUGUGGGCGUUCAUGGGCAUGAUGUCUCAGAUUCCACUCGCCUGGUUCGUCGGCCGCUUCCUGAGAGGUAACUAUGGUAAUGCGGCAGUCUGGAUCUCGCUCAUCAUUGGCCAGCCCAUCGCCGUACUGAUGUACGUCCACGACUUCUACGUAUUACAUUACGUGUCACAAUCAUGAGCAGUUGGCCGCAAGCAGUGGAGCAAUAUAUUCUGCUAAAUAAGGAAAAAAAAUUAUUUUGAAAGGGAAAUGUUUUAUAUGAAGCUCAACUGAUUAGUAAGAAUGUACUACAAAAAGUUUUUGGCCUUCAGUUUCUCGAAUGCACUGAUACACUACAGAGACACUUGGCUCUAGUCCAGUCAUGUGCAAUUGUUGUGAAACACUACCCUGCCAAAGCUAGAGAACAUUUGAAUGCCUUUUCUCUGUUUCUUACUUUAAUAGUCUACAACUAUGAAGAUCAAUGCAAAAAACUCUACAGUACCUGUCAAAAGUUUGGACACUCACCCUACUCAUUCAAGGGUUUUUCUUUUCUUUUUACUAUUUUCUACAUUGUAGAAUAUUAGUGAAGACAUCAAAACUAAUAACACAU